UUGUGAGGUCGAAACGUCAGUUUGGAGGUUUUGGAUUUGGAGGUUCAGGUUCCCAAGCUGCAGCAAACAGUUAUGGAGGAGGGUACGGCGGGGGAGGCUACCCCGGUGGAUUUGGUGGAUCUGCUUUUGGAAGCCCUGCUGGAUACCUUGGCGGUGGUGGUGGUGGAUUUGGUGGAAUAGGACCAUACGGAGGCAUGGGCCUAGGAUUUAGUGGAUCCAGUGCACAGAGCUCUUCAAGUGCUUUUGGAGCUGGUGGCGGCCUCUGGGGCUAA